GGAGACCUUUCACCGUAAGUACGGAGCUAACGGACUGAAACACCUCUGGAGGGAAGGUGUCUUCAGUAAGGUAACCUGCUAUCAACAACUGCCCGCUGCAACCUUCUGUCACCUUGACACUGAUAGCUGGGGUCAGAUCCUCCAGUGGGAACUAGAACGACCUUGAGUGACCUUGAAUCUGGAAAGACCUCUAAUGACCUGAAAUAAUUUGCUUUGGUGUCAUACAUUCUAACAUUUCAAUGUAUUUAUUUAGAAUUAGAUUGGACAUAUAUGUGAUUGAUUGGUCUCGUGAAAUUACUUAUCCUGUUUCUUUUUGAUUGUUGUUUAUGAUUUUGUUAUGAAGUUUAAAGUACUUAAGCUGGCUUUUGAUUAAUAUUAUCAUUCACACAUUGUAUUUUCUAUUUUACGAAUGCUGUGAUCUUUGCACUGCUUAAAUUCUAUGCACAUAAUUUUACCAGUAUUUUACUGCAUUUAAUUAUAUUUGUAACAUUUAUUUACUUAUUCUAACAUUUAUUUACAAUUCUUCUUAAUAUGGCUGGACCAGUUGAUCUCCAAAUUCUGUUAUUGUUACUAUGUGUACACCAAUGUCAGGGACAUAGCAAUGAAAACUUGUAUCAGGCCAAAGACAAUCUCCCUGACUACAGCCCAUCGAAACCCACACGCUAUCUCUUGUAUGACGUAAACCCCGGAGAAGGGUUUAAUCUGAGAAGAGAUGUCUACAUGCGAGUAGCGAAUCUGGUUAAAUUUCUGAAUGAGGAUGAACCGUGGGUGCUUGUGUUGCCCCCUUGGGGACGUCUGUACCAUUGGCAGAGUCAUGAAAUUCCCCUACAGAGCAAGAUCUCAUGGAAACAUUUCUUCGAUAUCAACAGCCUAGCAUUGCACGCACCUGUGAUGGAGUUUGAGGAUUAUAUCAAAGCCAUGGGAAAUAAGGUCGAGCGUUUGUUCUAUCUUCAGAGGUUCAAAGGGGGUUGGACGAAAUGGGAGGAGAAAAUGGAAAUCUGCGAUUGUGUUGAGGAGCCUAGGUACCAUCAGCUGGCCAAUGGAAAGUGGCGGGGACAGUUCUUUGGUUAUGAGGACUUUGUUGCUGAUAAAUUUGAUUGUAUGUCGACUCAAGCGUACCUGCUGACCUUUAAGCCGUUCUUGAUGAAGAAUAUCACUGCUAGAUCAGUGUUUCUUGAUAGGGCAGAGUCGAUGAUUCAUGGUCAGUACAGCGAGUGGUCGCGUGAGUGGUGGACAGCCAGACGCAGCAUGGUGUUCGCUAAACCACUGAGGGAUAUCGGUGACAAGUUCAGGAAAGAGUUCCUUGACUCUGACGAUAUAUCGGAUAAAACUGAACUUGAAGUCUGGACAAAUAUGAAACGAAACCAUGGUGAUGCAAAAGGAGGUCCGUAUAUUGCUCUUCACUUUAGAAGGAAAGAUUACCUCUAUGCACAUGGAAAAGAGGUGCCCAGUCUGGAAAUUGCUGCAAAACAAGUCCUGAAAUAUUUGAAAAAGUACAAUUUGAAGAAGCUGUUUCUUGCCACGGAUGCCCCAAAUGAGGAAGCAGAGGAGUUCAUGAACAUCUUGAAAAAAUCUCAAAUCAAAACUUACCGUUACAGGCCAUCAAUAGACAAUCUCAAGGAACUGAAGGAUGGAGGGGUUGCAAUCAUAGACCAGUAUAUUUGUGCUCAUGCCCGCGUGUUCAUAGGAAGCUAUGUCUCCACCUUCACCUUCAGAAUCCAUGAGGAGCGAGAAAUUUUGGGAUUCAAGCAGGAGGCUACAUUCAACCGAUUGUGUGGUGACGAGGAAGGGGAGGAGUGUGAACAGCCAACAAAGUGGGAUAUCAAGUAUUAAACAGCCAACAAAGUGUGAUAUCAAGUAUUAAACAAUAUUUUUAUCCACUGCAAACUAUUUUAAUAUAUUUUUAGAAAACCAUUUUAACAAUUGUUAGUUCCUGAUGAAAAACACAUGACUUUGUAACAUGCUGAAUGUUCUUAACAAAUACAGAUAUUUUACUUUGUUGCAAUAUCUUUUAAUUGCCAACUGCUUUUGUCAUGACUGCAUGAUUAGUCCCAGAAUUUGUCUUUUAACCUAAUGAUAAUGACUAAGUCAAAUCUAAAUAUUGCUCAGAUACAGUUUAUUGAUGUUAUAUAAUGAUGGUGUAAGUAAGCGUUGUAUAUGGGCAUAUGAAAGUAUAAACACCAGAUACUGCCCAUUUGUGAACUAAACACGCUAGACGGCGUGGUGUAUUGUUAUUUAUGAUGUUUCAAGUCACUUAUUGUAUUAAACAAAACAAGAUACUGGGCACAAGAAUUAGUAACAUAGUUUUGAGGGUUUAUUAGUAUUCACUGACUGAUUGUGAUUUACACUUUCAUUUCACCAAAAAUUAUUAUUUAUGAUUUUUACCCAAAAUUACUAUUUAUGAUAUUUUUUGUAUGGCUUGCUUUACAAAAUGUUAUGAUAAAACUCUACCAAAUUUAGAUUUGAUGGAAGGAUUAAGCAUAUGUCCAAAUGUUAAGCAAUACCACAGAAAUAUGUAAUAUAUGUAAUUUUACAUCAUUUAAGUAACUAAGGAGCUUUAUUUUGCUUUCAUUCUAUUAUUCCAUAAGUCAAAUACCAGCUUUCUUUGCCAAUUUGUAGUGUUUUACGUUUAAUGUACACAUAUAAUGUAUUUAUCUGUAUUCAGAUCUACUGUAUUUAUUGAUGUGUUCACAUUUUUACAUGAAACAAAUACUGGUCUCAGAAUAUGUCAUUUAUACCUAUACAAUGACAGUCAAGAUGGAAAUGUUGAGCUGUUAAUACCUUUACCAUAAAAUUUUAUUUAAAUCCCAAUUUACUACUUUUACUUUUUUCAGCUUACAUUAGCACAUGGUGACCUUUUGUGAUCAACUCAUUUCCAUUGUCUAUCAUAAUUAUUUGCCUUUUGAAGUAUAAUUCCGCCUUAAUGGACAUGUCUUCAUUAAAUAUGGUAAAAUAUUUGUCUCAGUUAUAUCUGGGCCCAGCUCAAACCUGGGUCAUCUUAAGUCAAAAAUUUGGUCAGUAGGUCAAAUUAAAGAAUAGGCUGUGAACAACCUAAAAGUCAUAAUUGUUUACGCGAGCUUCAUGAAACUUGCUGAGAACAUUUAUGCUAAUUAUUUCACCACUGAGUGAGAUAUGGUUUCUGUCAAUCGAAAAACAUACAGAUUUCUUUAUGUUGCUAUAGUAAACCAAUUGAACCCUCAAAAAGUCACAUUUUUACCUAUCAUUGUGAAACUUGCUUGAAAUAUUUAAUUAAUGUAUUGUUAUAAUAUAUGGGCAGAGUUGGAAAAUGAUUGUGGUGUGUUCAAAAAAGGCUGUAAGAUGUUGGGGCAAUUUUUCUUUAUUAUAUGAGUCUGUUGCCAGGGGCGUAGCUGCUAUUAGGCACAGCUGGCCCGGGCCUACAAUUUUUUUGGAAACAUGAACAAAAUAAAAAUGCUUCUACUUCGAAAAAUGAAUUAAAAUGUUGAUGCUGAGGGGGUGAGGUAUUAGAAAUCUGCAUUUCAUAUUGCCAUAAUCCUCAGACAAUGGAUUCUGGUCGUGUUCAAAGGACAUAUCUUCCAAUUAGCAACUCUACUUCUUUCUAUGUGCAUAGAUUCUAGCUCGCUUCUUUUCACAUGACUUGCUGUUACUACAUAGAUCUACAUCUACUUGUCUCCCUUUCAACACUACAGUAAGUUGUAAUCGAUUAUCGUUGGAUUUUUAAGAAACAUUCCGAAUGAUGUUUAUCACCGCGGAAAUUUAGAAUGGAGCUUUUGCCCACGUAUCCCGAUCCAUCGACUGAAACCGGGUCGGUUCGGUCCCUUGAUGCCGAAGAAAAACAAAAUUUAGUUCUCUGACAUUGAGAUAAAACAGUAAAAUAUCAAAGAAAAACUGGUCAAAGUUUUAUAUUUUUUUAUCGUAUUAUUUGUCUAGAUAUGCUUUAAAUCUCACCACAGGCGUUAUAGGAUUUCGAAAUUUUCAGCGGGAGGACGCCCGGACCCCCAUUUUUAUGUAUCAUAUCAGGGCCUACAGCUAAAAAAAAUGCUAGCUACGCCCCUGGUUGCGAAACCUUGUUAACACUAUCUGCUCAAAACACUGCAUGAAGUUCCUUGGGUCUCAAGUGAGCGCCUUGGAGCAUUUAGUCCUCUUGUUGAUAAAUUGUGUUUGAAUGGUGUGUCAUAUUUUAUUAUUUGUGUUUGAAAUAUGUUACUUGUUAAUGAUAAUUAAUAUAUAUUUGUGAGGGCAUGCCUGUUGAUGAUUUGAUUUUAAUGUGAUUCAGUUUUACUAAUUUUACAAUUAGUUUGUGAUUUGGUGUGUGGUUGGUUCAGAUGUCACAAUGUCUUACUACAAAUAAAGUUUAACUACAGAAUUUUAGUAUGCGGUACUGAUUUCCUCGGUCUUUUUAUGCCAUUAAGACUGUUCACCUCUGUGCAGUUGUUAGUUCUUUGAAACCUUUAACUCCAAAAGCGAAAUGCUCUUAACACAGUACAGUGCAAAUGAUAAAUUAUAAGUAGCUAUAAAAUUGAAUCUUUAUAUACACCAAUAAAUUCAAUAUUCAAUUAUUUUCAAUUUGUUGAUACAUUUAUUUGUAUUGAUUUAUAUUGAAAAAAAAAAUAGAAACAUAUACAUUUCUUCAAAAUAAAACACCAAUAUGCAUCCAAGACACUCUAUGCCAAAACAAAAUCUGGUGGUUAGAGGAUGUCCCCAGACCCCAAAGGCAGUGGGCCUACACUUUUAUUAAGCACAAACUACGCCCCUGGAUACAUGGAGUAUCAUUUUACAUCUCUUAAGACCCGCCAGGAUCUCUACUUGAUAAAAAAAAAUAAUUUAAAAAAAGCAAUAUAAUGAAAAAAAAAACUGACUUGUUCACAGUUUGUGAAAGAGACUAUUUACAAAAAAAAGAAUCAAUGUUUUAGAUUCAAACAAGCCAGAAAACACUAAGAAUAGUGUUGAAAUUAUAUGUUUGUUGUACAUGUAUUGUUGAUCAUCAAUCAAAAUCAGAAAUAUAAUCAAGUGUUUGUAACGCUUUUUAGCUCACCUGAGCAAAACACAUGGUGAGCUUUUGUGAUCGCCUUUUGUCCGUCGUGCGUCGUCUGUCGUCAACAUUUUGCCUUGUGAACACUCUAGAGGCCACAUUUAUUGUCUGAUCUUCAUGAAACUUGGUCAGAACAUUUGUCUCAUUAAUGCUUCGACUGAGUUCGAAACUGGGUCAUGCUGGGUCAAAAACUAGGUCACUAGGUCAAAAAAAAGAAAAACCUUGUGAACACUGUAAAAGUCACAUUUGAUGCCCAAUCUUCAUGUAACUUUGUCAAAAUGUUUGUCUAAAUGAUAUGUUGGUUAAGUUAAAAAACGGUUCCUGUCCGUUGAAAAACAUGGCCGCCAGGGGGCGGGGAAAUAUUCCUUAUAUGGCUAUAGAGAAACCUUGUGAACACUCUAGAAGUCACAAUUUUUGCCCAAUCAUCAUGAAACUUGGUCAAAACAUUGGUUUCAUUGAUGUCUUGGACGAGUUCGAAAAUGAUUCAGAUUGGUGAAAAAACAUGGCUGCCAGGGGGCGAGACAGUUUUCUCUAUAUGUAUAUAUUAAAAACAUGUGAACACUCAGAAGUCACAUUUUUGGUCCAAUGUUCAUGAAAUUUGGUCAGAAUAUGUGUUUUCUGGAUAUGACGAUUGAGUUCGAAAAUGGUUUGGAUCGGUAAAAAGCAUGGCCACUGGGGGGGGGGGGCAUUUUCCUUAUAUUUAUACAGUAAAAACAGCUUGUGAAAACAUUAGUUUAGCAUGUCAAGGGAAGUAACUGCAAAAUGGCUUUUGAAAAAUUAUGAUGAAGUUGUCUCCCUUUUUAAAAUAUUUUUUUAAGCACUAGAAGAUUAAGUUGAAUUAAAUAUUAAUAAUAGUUUUACAUUCUGGAAGAUAGCAAACUUUUGAAUAAGCGAGACUAUACGAUUUUUAUAUGUGUUUAAUUGUAAUAAAUUGAUAAAUACACAUUACAAUAACACAAAAUAGGCAAGAUAUUAAAGACGAAUUUCAUAAAAUGCAGCAAAGACAAAUUAGCGCCCCGAGCCGAUGGUGACGAAGAUAUUUCGUACAUAUUUUCUUACAAUAACCGAAGAUUUCGUCUUUUAUUAUGAUCGGAGAUAGUGUUUGUGUCGCAUGAAUAGACAUCGCUGCAGGAAUUUAAAAACAACCAUUAAACAUAAUUAAGAUUCACAUCGUACAUGCAUGAUAUACAUUUUGGCGAAUUUGACUGUACAGACAUUUUCGAUUUCAGAACUAAAUAUCUGGCUUAUUUUGCAUUUUUCGACACAUGUUCUUCAUAACUUUAAAAAAAAAAAUUAUAUUGAAAUGUAUGACCUUGUUAACACUCUAGAGGUCAAAUUUAUUUGCGAAUCAUCAUGAAACUUGGUUUGAAGAUUUGUCCCAAUGAUAUGUUGGAUGAGUUUGAAAAUGGUUUUUGUUGCUUUAAAAACAUGGCCACCAGUGGCGGGGCAUUUUUCCUUAUAUGGCUAUAUAUGGCUUUAGUAAAACCUUGUUAACACUCUAGAGGCCACAUUUAUUGUCCAAUCUUCAUGAAAUUUGGUCAGAAGAUUGGUCUCAAUGAUAUAUUGGAUGAGUUCGAAAAUAAUUAUGUUUGCUUGAAAAACAUGGCUUCCAAGGGGCGGGGCAUUUUUCCUUAUACGGCUAUAGUAAAAUCUUGUUAACACUCUAGAGGCCACAUUAACUGUCCGAUCUUCAUGAAACUUAAUAAGAUGAUUCAUCCCGGUAAUAUAUUGGAAGUGUUCAAAAACGAUGCCGGUUGGUUGAAAAACAUGGCUGCCAGGGGCUGGGCAUUUUUCCUUAUAUGGCUAUAGUAAAAUCUUGUUAACACUGUAGAGGUUUAUUUUUUGAUCUUCUUGAAACUUAGUCAGAAGAUUUGUCCCAAUAAUAUCUUGUUAUCUCAGGUGAGCGACUUUGGGCCUUUCAGGCCCUCUUGUUGUUUGCAUUAUUGCUUAAGUAUAAAUGAUGAAUGUUUGGAAAUAAUAAAAAUAGUUUAGUCACAUU